AUGCUUUUAAGGCCUGGAAACAAACGACGUCGAUACUCACACCUCCGUUUUCGAAUGGCAACAUUAACUCCACCAUUCCUUGACCUCAACGACGACGUUCAAGUGCCCGAUUAUAAUCCCAUGGCCACUGUAGCAGAUGAUGUCAAGAAGAUUGUGGACGCUCGCGAACUGUACCCCAGCAGUCCAGCUGAAUUCAUUUCCGUCAUAUUGGAGCAACUUGCAACUCUUCCCAAUGACGAUGUCUCUAAGGUCGACCCCGAGUGUUACUCCACAGAUGCAUGCAAUGCUAUUCUCCAGAGAAUAGACCCACAUAACGCACAAAUGGUUGGUAGAUUGAUAUCUUUUGCGUGGAGGGACGGCACAUACGAAGAGUUAUGCGGGACAGUUAAAAAUAUUAUAUACCCGAUGAUGGACAGAACGUUGUCGUCGUCACCGAUUCCAAUGGAGGCAGAGACGCCGGUUGACCAUUCUGGAUUCAAUGCGGCGGACUGGGGUUAUGACAUUCCGCCGGCCGCAAUCACGUUGCUAAACGAAAUAUUCCCGAAUAUGCUGGAUUUCGUGUCUGACAAUCGCCCAAUGCCACUAUGGUCUCCAAACCCAGCUGUUCUGCCACGGAAUAGUCCACAUUUUGAUCACCUGCAGUCACUCCAGAUACCUAGCUGGAAUAACGCACCAAGCCUUCUUCUCCACAACUUCGGCAGCUUGUUGCACAAUCCGCAAAUGAUCAACAGAAUUGACUCGAUUUUUGAGCCCAAGAACCAUAUCUUUCUUGUUGGACCGUCUGGUACCGGCAAGACUCGUGACAUCCUCGAGGGUCUUUGUCGCUAUUGGGGAUUGUACUUCUGUUUCCGCAGUAAACCAGAUGAUCUUGGCUCCAUCGAUCUCAGCAACUCCGUCGAUAUCCGCCUUGGAGCCCAUCCGAGAUUCGUCCGGAAUCUGGAAGAUGCAGAAGAUGACGCGCCUCCGAGCAAGCAUGAUAAAUACAAGAAAGAACUCAACGACAACCAAUAUCUCGCGAGGAUAUACUUCCAUCAACUUGUGCUGGGUCGGCUGUUGAUUCUGAAGCUUUUCCUCACUGCCAUCCAGACAUUGAAUCGGCCCGUCAGCUUCAAGGAUCAAAGGCUAUGGACUUUGCUGCAGAUUCGACCACAUCUUCUUGGACUAAGCGGCGGUGGACUUCGCGAUGUUUUCGAUGACCUUGCCUCCAGACUUGCCAGUAACUCCCCGGAACACAAUCGGAAUGAUAUACCACGACUAAAUGUGGAAAAGUGCCUCAAAUUCAGCACUGACCUCGUUUACGAAAUGAGCGCAACCCUGGAUGGGACAAAAUCCCCGGGGCCGCCUCGGAAAGCAGUGCUGCGACAGCCCUCUUUAGAUUCAAAGAAGUCGGACAAGGAUGUGCUAAACGACGACAAGUUGCUGGCUUCUCCUUGUCCAUCGCAGGUGUCUGAGCCUGAGCAACCCACUACGAACACGCAGUCAGACCCCCCCGCAGCCUUAAAGGGCCCCGAACUGUACAUUGUGAUUGACGAAGCGCAGAUCGCGACGGACCUAUAUCCCAAUGCAUUUCGUUCUGCUCGACACCGUGAUGACAGAACUGGCAGAUAUGUGGCUCGAUCUGUGCUUCGGGAAUACGUGAGGGCUAGCGCAAAGUACACUCAAUUUCAGUUUGGAGGAGUUUUGGCUAGCUCCGGCUCACACAUGAGGCUUGUGGACGAUGAAAUCCAGUCGUCCGUCUUCAAGCCAGGGAACAAUUUUCUCAACAUUGACACUGGUGGCUUUUAUGAUCCCGACACAGUUAGGGAGCAUGAAGCAUAUAUCAAGAAAUACAUCCCAGACGAUAUCCUCGAAGAGAAGAAUACGUUUGGAGCAACUUUCUUGGGACGAAUGACACGCUGGUUACGCGGCCGUUACCGCACAACGGCAUCUUUCUUGACCUACUUUUUGAUGACCGACCUUAAAAAUCCACAUAGCAAGCUCGAUGCCUGGAUUAAGUACAACACCGGGUUCACUCCGUCUGAUAACGUAAUGGUGGAAGUCCUGAUAUUCAAUCAAGGCAUUCCCAAGCUUUUCGACGAACUACACUACCACAAGAUCGAUGAACAGCACGACCUCCGCCAGGUGUUUACAUCCGCUGUUUACGAGUCGUUCGCCCGCUCAAGUGUCACUACGUCGAUACAUGGAGACGUGGCCAAAUUUGUGCAGAGUGGGUUUGCCCGAUUUACGACUGAAGCGGGUGACCAAGUCAAAAUAUCUGAACCACUUAUCAUCCUCGCGGCGAUCACCUGCAUGGAGAACGCUAAUAACAAGGGCAGACGAUCCUCGAAGACGAAACCGGGAGAGCUCAUCAGGAACUAUAUGAAUGCCACUAUUGGCAACUACACCGGUUCGGUCAACAACGGAUUCGAAAACCUCAUCGCAAUCUUGCUGGCACACACCUUUACUCAGCCUUGUCGGCUCGAUGAGGUUUUGGAAUUCCAUCCACGAUUCCGGCCAAAGUGGUCCAAGUUCAAGGCAAGACUGGUGACCUUGCAUCAAGAAGACAACGCACCCUUGCCUGCGGUCUACGAUGUCGAUUGGCUUGGCCAACGAGUCCCAUCUGGCCAUCUGGGUAAGACCUGCAAGGAUUCAGACGAUGUCGUACAGUGGCUGACACAUCAAGACCCAUUGAAAACCUCAAUCUGUUUCCCGAGCAACCAAAUGGGCCCAGAUAUUAUCUGUGUGCUCAAACUGGAGAAUGACUCCUUCAUCUGGCUGCUUGUUCAAUGCAAGAAUCAUGAGAGGAGAGGGACGAACAAUGGUGUACCUGAAGGAGCAAAUCAAACGAUGACUGAUGCUCUCCGCACGGUCACUCCAUCCAACUUUUGGCCGAAUGGGUCCAAGGGCCCAUUCGGAUCGAAAAAGUACCCCGACCUUCGACAACGCGUGUUACACGCACUUGCAUCAUUGCCCAAUCCAGCAACCGACGUGGAUACGAUUUUGCAAGCGCCAACAACCGCAUUCACGCAAUUAAAACGCGGGAAAUACCCUGUCCUUCGUGUCCUGGCGACUUUCCCGCCCAGUCUUGGAUUGGACCGGCUAUCAAUAUACGCCGACGAAGUCAACGACCCUGGCAGCCACCCGUUAUGUACAUGGAACUGGGAGUUCUUCUCGAAGAAUGAUCCAGAUAAUUUUAUAGAAGGUUGGCUCAAUGACUAUGCCGCGAGGGUAGAGAGCCGGGAAGGAAAGGCCCCCACUCCGCGUCCAGAACAGCCACUUGUAGCCGAUUUCGAACCCCCUCGUCGGUCGCCGCGAAAGCAGGGAGGAGGGGAAAGGAAUGAUGCGACGGUGACGCCAGCAAGGACCACGCAAAGAGUUACGAGCGGAAUACCAGUAAGGCAGAACCAAGACCACGACAGCUCCGAUGAAGACACGUCGUCCACGCCAACCGAGUUCAAUACUGGUCGAAGUAAUAUGGGUUUGGGAGCUUAUGUUAGGAUGGACCAGGACGAAGAUCUUGAAAUGGAUCUUGGGCCUUGA